AUGAAAACUAAAAAGUCGGCUCGCAAGUUUGCGGCUUCUGGAAAACUUAAAAAAGCCAUUGAAGCGCGACACAAGCACCAGCAGAUCAAGAAAAAGAUUGAGAGCCGGCGCGGUCGAAAGGGCAAAGCCACCGCCAGAGGAAACGAAAACUCGAAACGAACAGGAAAGGCGCCGCUACAUCCAUCAAAUGCCAAGUCGGAUGAAGAAGAUGAGGAAGAUUUGGAUGAAGACGUUGAUAUGCAAGAAGGCAAAGCUGGAGGUCACGACUUGAGUGAAAGUGAGGACGAAGUAGACGGGGGAGCCAGUCAGGAUGAGAACGAGGAUAGUGAUGAUUCCGCGGGGGAAGAGGACGACGCAUCUUUUGCGUCUCUCGAUGAACUCGAAGACGACGGUGAGGCUCACCUGAUGGAGCUCUCCAAACUUGCGGAAAAAGAUCCCGAGUUCUACAAAUACCUGCAAGAAAACGACCAAGAACUUUUAGACUUCAAACCAGACGCCGUGGAUGCCAUCUCCGAUGAGGAAAUGGAAGAAGGGAUUCCUGAAGACGACGAGGAUGAGGAGACUCCAAUCCUCACCCAGGAUAUUCUGCGCGGAUGGCAAAAAGCUCUGCUCGAGCAUAGGUCCCUCAGGGCAUUUAGGAAGCUCUUGAUAGCCUUCCGAGCGGCCGCAUAUGCCAACGACGAAAACGCCAACUUGGCAUGGACUAUCAACAAUUCUACAGUAUUUGACAAGGUGGUUACGACCGCUCUUAAAUACGCACCUGUCGUCUUGGAUCACCAUAUCCCAUAUCGAACCCUCCCUGAUGGCAAAUACAAACCGCCGAUUCAAUCCACCAAGCAACAAUCCCUGACUCGACUGACCUGUAGCUUUUUCAACUCCAUCCUUCAUCUCUUGUCUCAGAUUACCGACGCCCAGAUGCUCGUUCUGUGCAUCACCGAGAGUACCAAACUCGUACCGUACGUCGUCGGAAACCGAAAAGUUAUCAAAGCGUAUCUCAAGGCUUGCUUGGGAUUAUGGUCGUCGCCAAACGUGGAUGGUGAACGAGAUGGGGAUGAAGAGGCGGGAGAUGGUGCAGACAAAGUUCGCAUUGCGGCGUACCUUGGUAUGCGACGCAUCGCAAUGGCCCACGACGAAUCUUUAUUGGAUGCCGUUCUCAAGGGAACAUACCUGACGCUCGUGCGCAACUGCAAGUCUACCAGCGUGCACUCGUUGCCCGCUAUCAACCUCAUGAAGAAUACUGCUGUCGACCUGUAUAGUAUUGACCCAGCUGCGUCCUACCAGCAUGGAUUUGGUUACAUUCGCCAAUUAGCCGUGAACCUACGGAAUACGCUCAAAGCCAAGCCGAAUACAAAGGAGAAUGCAAAGGAGGGUAAAGAAAAGAGCAAAUCAACCCAAGAGCCGUACAAACAGGUCUACAACUGGCAGUUUGUCCACUGCAUCGACUUCUGGAGUAUGCUCCUCAGUCGAAAUUGUGCGCCAACCGAUGGUGGAGAGGAAAGUGAGCUGCAACCGCUCAUCUAUCCCCUCGUCCAAGUCACCCUUGGUGGUGUCAAAUUAGUCCAAACAGCACGAUACUACCCUCUGCACCUACACCUCCUCCGCGCUUUACAAACGCUCUCGCACAGCACACGAGUCUACAUCCCGCUGGCACCAUACCUCGUACCAAUCAUCACCACCGUCAGCACGAUCCAAAAACCCAAAUCAAGCACACUCAAACCACUCGACUUUGACGUCUUGAUCCGCGUACCGAGCGCGUACCUCAAAACCAAGAUUCUUGUCGAGGGAAUCUGCGACGAAGCGCUGUACCUCUUGGCAGAAUGGGCUGCAGACGUCCAAAUGAGCGUCGCGUUCCCCGAGACGAUGGUCCCCGUCGUCGUAGGACUAAAGAGGUGUUUGAAGAUUGUCAAAGAGGGUGGAAAAGGUGACGGGAAAGUGACAAAGGGUAUCAAGACGCUCGUGGAGCGCAUCGAAGAAGGCCGCGAGUGGAGCAUUGCACGAAGGCGGACGAUCAAUUUUGGCCCAGCAGAUCGAAGCCAAGUGGACAAGUGGGAGCGCCAGAUAAAAGUUCACGAGACGCCCCUCGGCAAGUACACAACAGUACUCAACAAGGCAAGGGAACGAAAUCGUCGAUUGCUCGAAAAGGCGCGACAAGGAAAAGGCGAAUACUUGGAUCAGUAG